AUGAUCCCGUACGUUACACACAACCGAUCAGCCGCAGGUCGGGGGACGUGGAGGAAUUCAAUAAAUAAAAUAAAACAGUUAUCAGAGACACAGAGAGGUGAGGCGCCGGAGCUCACCGCGACCCAUUCAAUUCUCUCUGGUCGAGGGUCCUCCUACUCCUCGGGGACUCAUUUCAAACGUCAUGAGAGUCAGCCGGGCCCGGGCGUGUUAGUCUGUCACACACAUGUCUCUCUGCCGCUAGUGUCAGUGCUCGUGCCCGUGUCUGUGUACACAGCUUCUAUUCCCUUCCUGUGCUCGCUCAGGGGCCGGAAGCCGUCUCCUCCACCCCUCCACCACGUGUCUAUACGAUGGGGAGGAGUACAUCGCUCGCCUCGCAGCACGAGCUCGGGAGGAGGGCCUCGUGUGAGGAGCUAUGUAUAUAGAUCGACGCGAUACUAUGGUUCCUGUGGUGGAGCUCGGUGGAGGGCGCGGACCCCCCGGACCGGGUCACGGGAACUAAUGGAACAUCGAUGGUUCACUCGUGCGAGGCGUCUUGAGUGUCGCUGA